CCAGGACGCCAGACUCUGGCAUUUUGUAAAAAGUGCUGGACUUGAGGCCAGCAGAAAACUGAACCGCGGAAGCUAGACAAGGCAAGGCCUUCAGUGCCGACUGCGAGACUGCUGAGCGGACAAAGUGUGGAAGAAAGAGCAGGUCAGGAUGUCCUUCCGGGGCGUCUAGACGGUCUCCGUAGAGUGAGGCUGGUUGACACCGGAAGCGUUUCCUCCUGGGCUAAGGUCCAUCUUCCGGCCUGGGCCGCCGUUGCUGCGGAAGCCUCAAAGCCCGUUUUGCUAGUCGAUUUUGACCAUGGCUGCUGAGUCUGAUGUUCUACACUUCCAGUUUGAACAGCAAGGAGAUGUGGUCUUACAGAAAAUGAAUCUCUUGAGACAGCAGAAUUUAUUUUGUGAUGUAUCAAUUUAUAUUAAUGAUACUGAGUUCCAGGGUCACAAGGUGAUUUUGGCUGCUUGUUCCACUUUCAUGAGAGAUCAGUUUUUGCUAACACAGUCAAAGCAUGUCAGAAUCACCAUUCUGCAGAGUGCAGAAGUUGGCAGGAAGUUGUUGCUGUCCUGCUAUACUGGAGCACUUGAAGUGAAAAGGAAAGAGCUUCUGAAAUACCUAACUGCUGCCAGUUAUCUCCAGAUGGUUCACAUUGUAGAAAAAUGCACAGAAGCUUUGUCCAAGUAUCUGGAAAUUGAUCUUUCUAUGAAAAAUAACCAGCACACUGACUUGUGUCAAUCUUCGGAUACAGAUGUUAAGAAUGAAGAGGAAAAUUCUGAUAAAGACUGUGAGAUAAUUGAAAUUUCAGAAGAUAGUCCUGUAAACCUAGAUUUCCAUGUUAAAGAAGAGGAGUGCAACACAUUACAGUGUGCUGUGGAGAGGCUGACAUCAGAGCAGAGGGAAGUGAAGUCUCCAGAGCUCUCUACAGUAGGUAGUGGUUUUAAAGAGAAUGAAAUUUGUAUCCUCCAUGUAGAAUCGAUCAGUACAGAUAGUGUAGAGAAUGGGCAGUUUCCACAGCCUUGUACAUCAUCCAAAGCAAGCAUGUAUUUCCCGGAAACACAGCAUUCAUUGAUCAAUUCUACAGUUGAGAGCAGAGUGGCAGAACUUCCUGGAAAUCAAAAUCAAGGGUUAUUUUGUGAAAAUACUGAUGGAAGCCAUGGUACAGCAGAUGAGAUCCAGAAUCUAGAUGAGAAUUUUUCACUGAGGCAUCAGUGCCCUAGGUGCCCAAGGGGCUUUCUUCAUGUAGAAAACUAUCUGCGUCACCUCAAGAUGCAUAAACUGUUUUUGUGCUUGCAGUGUGGGAAAACAUUCACACAGAAGAAAAAUCUCAACAGGCAUAUUCGAGGACACAUGGGUAUACGACCCUUUCAGUGUACUGUGUGCUUGAAGACCUUUACUGCUAAAAGCACACUUCAGGACCACUUGAACAUACACAGUGGGGACCGACCAUAUAAAUGCCAUUGUUGUGAUAUGGAUUUCAAGCACAAAUCUGCUCUCAAAAAGCACUUAACUUCUGUUCAUGGCAGAAGCAGUGGUGAAAAACUAUCUAGGCCUGAUCUCAAACGGCAGAAUCUAUUGUAAUCAAAUCAUGAACUUUCAACGAAAGCAAGUUUUUAAAGAUGCAACAUUGGUAGUGUUAUAUUUCUCUCCUCACCCCAAUCUUUAGCUUUUGUUUCUGUUCUUCCUACCUAUUAUUCAUUCUGAAUUUCUAAUAGUUCCAAAGUUGCGAAUGGAGUGAUUAAAUUUAUGGUAUUUUAGGUCGUCUCAAACAUUAGUUUUAAUCCUCUGUUCAGCAGGAACUGCAGAUUUUGAUGUGUAGUUUUUAGAUUAGUGAUUUAAUGUUGAAUUUAUAUAGUAACUUUAAUAAGUUCGAAUGACAAGAUUUGAAAGCAUAGUGUUGUCCAUUACUAUUAAUUUUGAAAACAGGACUAACAGUUUGGUGUUUAAUGUUUAACUAGUGUACUUGGAUUAUAGCUAGACCACCCAAUUAUUGUUUUAAAGGAGCACAAUUUCUAUUCACAUGGGACCAGCAGAUUUCCUUAGAAUUGCAUUAUUUAAAUAUCCAAGAGAAUAUGUAAUUACAUAUUAUAUAGUUGAAUUAAGAACUCAGUGGCCAAUGCAAGUAUUUUCUUGUCUUAGAUUGGAAAAUUAUUUUUUCUAAAUAUUUCAGUUUUAUUAAAGACACCUACUGUUUACUUAGGGAUUUUUGUUUUGUUUGCUUUGGUUAACAUGCACUAAAAUUGACCUUUCUCUGAGAAGUUUUCUAUGAAUUUAACACAUGUAAUAAUUUUUUGCAGUUGGGACACAACUUCCAGAGUACCCUUAUGCUGCUCCUCUAUUAUCUACUCUUCCAACUCUAAAUUCUAGGAAGAGUUUUUCAUCACUAUAAUUUGUUAAAAUCUGGGGUAAUAUAAAACUGGAAUCUUCUAGUAUGUUACCUUUUGAUUUUUUUUUUUUACAACGUAAUGCCUUUGAGCUCAUUUAUGUAUAUAUUAACAAGUCCUUUUUUAUUUUUUUAUCUUCUUUCUUUACUUUUGACUUGAUUUGUAUAGCCCAGGUUGACCUCGAAUUUGCCUAACUUCUUGAACACUGGUAUGUGCCUGGGCCCUUUUCUGUGUUGAAUUGCCUAUAUAUACAUUUUCUUUUCAAGCAGUCACCAGGUGAAUAUUUUAAAUUUUAAAAAGCUACUUUAAUUAGUUUUAAUAUCUCAUAUAUAUGAAUACCUCUAAAUCCAAAACUUUAUUUGCCCUUACAAUGAAGAACAAAAUUCACUACAGGGCAAAUCUCUUUUCUUGACUGUAGAAAGCACUGACUUUCAAGCCGUCCUAUUUCUCUACAUAACUCAGCUCUGUGUAGAGUUUCUACUGUAUUUAAGUUCUGUUGACACAAUUUGGUAUUUUAACAUGUAAUACACUUUGUACUAUAAAAGAAUUGUGAAAAUCCUAUAGGUGUUAAAUAUAAUUUUUGUGACACUUUCAUGGGAGUAAUGGUCUAUAUAGAAUUUUAGCUCUGGGCGAGACUUUAAAGAAUCUAGGUCUCACAACUGACUUCAUAACACAGGUCACCAAUUAAUGACAUUGACCAGGUCACUUCUUCAACUUUUCUUAAUUUUAUAUAAAAUAACUUUGAUCUUGAUAAUUUGUAGAAUUAUUUCUAGGUCUAAAUUUCUACAAGUUUAUAUUCCUCAUGUGAACAGAGGAGACAUUGAUGUCUUUAUGAACAUUGCUAUUUGAGUACUCUCUUGGAGACAGAACUUUUCUAAGGGAAACACUUUGUUCCAUUAGUCAGUGGACCACUAUAGUGGCUAAUUUCCUUUCCCACAUGACUUAAGAAUGACCAGUUAUAGUUGUGAGAGUAUUUCCCUCUGAGAAAUUGUUUAAUUGUGACUGAAGUGCUUCUCCUAAUUUUGCUUCCUGAGUGAAUUUUGGAAGGGGGGGCUAGGGAUGGGUGGAGAGGGUAAACUAUAGUAAAAAAGCUGAUUUUUUUUUUUUUUUUUUUUUUUUAGGAAGUAGUAUCGACUAUAUUGAAUAUUUGGGACAUUUUGAUUGAAGGUGUUUUAAGUUUGGUGUGUGCCUUGUAAGAUUGUUGUAAAAAUUUUUGUGAGCACUUUGAAAUUUUUGCUUAUGGGGAGGGUGUUUUAUAAAGUGGUUGUUAUUUAUACUAUUUAUUUUCGUUACAUAUACAGAUUGAUUUCAAAACAUUCCUAGGAGUUGGGUAAAGUGCACAUGCCUAUAUAUAAUCCCAGCACUUGGGAGGUAGAGGCAAGAGAAUCAAUUCAUGGCUAGCCUUCAUUAUAUAACUAAGUUUGAGGCUAGCCUCAGCUAAAGGAGACUUUUUUUGGAGGGAAAAGGUAAACAAGCAAAAAAAAAAAACAUUCCUGGGAGAAUGUCUGUUUGCAUGAUAUUUCUGAAAUCAGCAAAAUAGAAUGUUAAAAUAUGCAGGUAUGACAAAGUAGAGCCUUUAUUAAUUUUUAAAUACUUUUAGCUGUUUAUGACAGAAAAUGUUUGAGUUGAAUCUCUUUUUUUUUUUUUUUUUACUGAAUUUCCACAUGUAAACAAUCUUACCGGUAGUAGUUAUUUUAUUGCAGAGAGACUCCUUUCCUCUUUUCAUUGGAUGUAAUUAUGUUUGUAUAAAACAUAAUAAACUGGAGGUGGGAAUGGAGAACUUGGGUUGUGUAUUUCUAUGAAUUUUAAAGGA